CCCAGAAAAUAUAGGAAAUCAAAAGGCGGGAAGUAAACUGUAAAAGAAGAAAGCUUUAGGAAAGAGAAACUGAAGAGUGAGAGAGCAAUGUGGUGGAAAGACAAGAGUCCUGGAGUGAAGAUCUUGUGGAUCUGGACAUUCGGAACUGCCGCCGUUCUGGUGACGAAUGUGGUAAGGACUAGAAUGAGGGACAUGGAUCAGAUGAUCAAAUCCCAGUCCCAGAAUCAACAACAAAUCCCUGAUGCCACUGAUUCCAUCAUAACUGACCAGCCAUCUGAUUCGAGUUUUAAAGGGACUUCAGAAGAUAAAUUGUAGUGUCCUUUCUACUUUAUGCUCAAUAAUCCGAAAAUCAUCCCGGCUGCUACCUGUUCGACGCUAUGCCUGACUGAGAUGUACUCAUCUUUUUUCCCCUCCAGUUUACGUUUCUUUUUUUUUUUUUUUUGAUAAAGCCCUCCAGUUUACGUUAUGUUCCUGAUGUUUUGGCGAUGGAGAAAUUUUUUUUUUUUUGUUUUUUUUGUUUUUCACUCUGAACUUUGCUUGUUCGAUGAUUGCCAUAUGUUAAAACGGAAAUUUAAGAAAGUUGCAAGAAUACCAUGUGAGUUUGAAUGUUCACAUUUCACAGCUCAUAGACCCGAAAAGAGGAAUACUUUGGUGAAACUUGUUAAUAAGUUUGUCUCGUUAAAAUAGAUUUGGAAAUGGCCGAAUCUUGAAAUGUGAAGACCUGCAACUUUUUCUUUCUAUAAACCUAUAUAUAUAUAUAUAUAUAUAUUAUGCAUAAAUAAUACGGAGUAGUGCAAACCUUCUUGUCGCCCAGCCUUGGCUUUGCCCUAAUUCUAAUUCUGAACGCAAAACCUCACCAUCUAACCAUACAUAUGAUCGGGUUACCUAACCCAAAAAAAAGAGUCACCAAAG